UUCAUUACACAUUUUGGUUUGUAUUUAGGGUUUUUCUUUUCUGUUUGUUGUUCUUCCGCGACAUGGACCUCUGAGAAGAUGGCAUUGUAUUUUCGUGUUCAAUGUUUAGGAUCAUUUUUGUGUGUGUUGUAAUUUGUGGUAAUAAAACGGUGCCGCACUUUUGUAGUGAUGGAGGAGCAGUUCGUACUCAGAGUUCCACCUUCCGUUGCAGAGCGAUUAGACCGCCUUUUGGGCGAAAAUGCUUCUACUGACGACAAGUCGUUGGAUUUGUCAUUCGAAGAGGAUGGCAGGACUGGCACAUUUGUCGUUGGAAAUGACCGUUUCCCUGCAUCGUUGUUGGAUCUUCCUUGUGUUGUGGAGUCCUUCAAAACAUAUGAUGAUAGUGUGUUAAUUAAGACUGCAGAUAUUGGUCAGAUGAUUAUGGUUAGAGAUUCGAGUGAUGCGGCGCCAGAUACAGUGGAGUACAGGCAUGGUCUUACCCCUCCAAUGAGGGAUGCUCGAAAGCGAAGAUUUCGGAGGGAGCCUGAUCUAAAUCCUGAGCUUGUGCGGCGUGUUGAGGAAGAUCUACUGAACAUUAGUGCUGGUGGGCCAGCUGAUAAUAUUGAUGUUGAAGCAGCUGAACAAGAGAAGGAUGGAGAUGGAAGUGAUCGUAAGGCAAGUAAAAAGCCUGUGGAAGAAGAACCUGUAUCGCAACCUGAUGUUACAGAGGCUGCUACAAAUGCUGGGGAGCCUGAUAGAAGCGACUCUGAUGAAUCCGAUGAGUCAAUUUGACCCAAAGCCAAAUCCAAAGCCUCCUGCUGAUAUGCUGUUCCCCUUCAGUACGCUUGACGCAGUUGGAAUGUGUAUAACAGGGACUAAAGAUGUACCAAAAAAACAGGGAUAGCUUGUUUUUCGCGUGACAAUAUAACUUUGAUAUUGUGCCUGAUGCUGAUGGUAUGUUUACAUUAAUGUUAAGCUUCCCAUACAGAAAAUUCUCGAAGAAGAAAUAUGCUCGUGUAAUUUAUAGGUUAUGUAUUGUAUGCAUCGGGACAGGUUGUCCACAAUUUUUAAUAAAAUUUUGUUAUGAAA